AUGGGUCUAGGCAAUUGGAGAAAGUAUUUCCCACAUGAGAGGAUCGUCAAGGAAUAUUCUUCAGAAGUUGAUGUAUCUGCUGAAGAUUAUAGCGAAGUGAGUUCUAAUGAGCAAGGAACGGAGAAGAAGCUUUCUCAGGACCAUGAAAUCACCAAACGUGUUUCCGUGGUUACCGAGGAAGGUACGUUGAGAACUGAUGUACCAUAUGAGUUGAGAGAUGAAGCAGACAGGAAAUGGUGGAAAUUCUUCGAUGAGUUUGAGUACAGGGCCAAUAAAGAAUACAAGAAGUCAAGAAACUGGUACAGUUUCAUGUAUCCAAACCAUACCACGCAAACCAAAGCAGAAAGGACUCUAUUGUACAAGUUGGAUCUUAUGAUCGGUUUGUACUUCUUGAUGCUUUGUUGGAGUAAAUCUUUGAACACCAAUAACUAUACUAGUGCAUAUGUGUCCCAUAUGAGAGAGGAUUUGAAUAUGAAGGGUAACGAUUAUAUUAACACUUCUGUUAUCAGUAACGUUGGUGCCAUUGUCUUCCAAUUGCCAUUCAUGUACGUGUUACCUAGAUUCCCAGCUCAUAUUAUUUUGCCUAUUAUGGACAUGGGUUGGACUUGGUUCACAUUUGCUUGCUUUAGAGCAAACAACUUGGCUUCAUUGAGAGCUUACCGUUUCCUAUUGAGUGCUUUUGGUGCUGCUUACUACCCUGUUUCUCAAUACGUCUUAGGUUCCUGGUACGCCCCAGAUGAAAUCUCUUCUAGAGUGUGUCUUUUCUUCUUUGGUCAAUUGUUAGGUGGUGUGACAUCCGGUCUAUUACAGGCCAGAAUUUUCAAAAGUUUGAACGGUGUUUUGGGCCAUGCAGGUUGGAGAUGGAUGUUCUUGAUUGAUUCUAUGGCAAUUUCAUUGCCAACUGCUUUCAUUGGAUUCUUUGUUAUUCCAGGCAUCCCAUCUAAAUGUUACUCUUUGUUCUUGACCGAUGAAGAAAUCGUCAUUGCUAGACGUAGGAAUUUAAGAAACCAAAUUAAAGAUGGUGUUCAAAAGUCCCAAUUGCCAUCUUUGCUGUCCUUAAAGUUAUGGAAAAAAGUGUUUUGCACUCCGACUUUUUGGGUUCUAGUUGUGUUCGAUACUUGUUCUUGGAAUAAUAUGACAGCCUUCAGUGGUUCUUACACAUUGUGGUUAGAUUCUAUUCCAUCUUACAGCACUGUACAAGUUAAUAACCUUUCUGUCCUACCGGCAUGUCUAGGUUUCGCUUUCGUCGCUAUCUGUGCCUUUGGUGCUGAUUUCUUCCGUUGUAAAUGGUUCUUCAUGGUCUUUGCAGCUAUGAUGAACUGCAUCUCCUGUGCUAUCCUAAUUAAAUGGGAUGUGUCUUCUGGUGCCAAAUGGUUUGCUUUCUUGAUGACUUAUUGGUCUGUGGCUCCAUCCCCAUGUCUAUGGUCAUUCAUCAAUGAUUUCUUAAGAUUCGAUCCGCAAGUUAAAGCCAUUACUUGGAUUGCGAUUUAUUCCAUCUCACAAUCCACUUAUGCAUGGAUUCCUUCUCUAGCCUGGAAAACUGAACAAUCCCCAAGAUUCAAAGUCGGUUAUACAGUCUCACUUGUCUUCGGUGCUAUUUAUGGUCUAUGGACAUUCGUCGUGUUGUACUUCUACAAGAGACAAGAACGUAGACAUGCAUUGGACAACGGUAUCAUCUUGUACAACUCCAAGAUGAGUGAACCAAUACCUAGUUUCGUUGAAUCUGAAUUAGUUAAAGAGGGAGAGUACUAUUAUUUAAAGAGCGAAACUAAUGAACCUGAACGUGUAUAUAACUAA